CAUGAAAACCUUAGCGUUCGGUGGGACGUUACCUAGCAAACGGCUAAGCCGGGACACAUUUGCAUUAUGUUACUGUUUACUUUGUGAUUUAUUUUGCGCAGAAUUUCGCUUACAAACUGUCGAGCAUGUUGAGAACGGCGGUUUGAUUGUUUACAUCUAACCACUGAUGUUAAUAAGUAGCUAGCAUCGAGCCCGAAGUGAAACAAUGAUUGUAUCCCAAGUGGCUACCUUGAUGGAUGUCCUUGAUGGAUGUAGCCUGUGAUUGACGUCUGGCAGAUUGAGUGUCACUGAAGUAGACAACUUCAUUUGAAGUCAGGAAACACUUAUUCAGCAGAUGGAGCUAUGGCGUCGAAGCUGAGCAAAAUCUAUUUCCUCAUCUGCAACAAGUUUGGCUGCAUUGAUAACACUGCAGUUGUGAACAACUCGGAUGAAACCCACAGGGGAGUGCGGCCACAGUCCAGCCCGAGGUAUGGCUGUGAUGAUGACUGUUCUGCUGCUGCUGACAGCUCUGCAGGAGCAGGACCUCCUAGCUUCAGUGACAAUAGCCCUGAACACACCCAGGCACCAGCUUUUGAUGCUCUAGUCUGUGAGAUCCAAGAGCUUAGAGAAGACCAAAGUAAACUUGAGGAAUACUUUGAAAAUGUAAAAGCUUAUUACCAACAAAACUACACAGGUGUACUCGAGGACCUACAGGAGGAACAAUACAGGUGUGAGCAGGACAGAGACUUGACAGAACUGUACAAGAAUGAGAUUUUGAACGUGAAGGAUGAACUGGCCACCACGGAGGACAAGAUUUCUUACCAGUCACAUGAAAGAGCAACAGAUAUUCAUGAGGCGCUGGUGGCAUGUCAUACACGACUCUUCAUCUUAGAGCAGCAACAGCAGGUGGAGCUUGAAGAUUUGGACAAUGUCACAGCAUGGACCCUCUUUGGAAAACGUUUCAACAUGCUGCUAGCUGUUAUGGCAGUGCUUCUAGUAUGGGUGUCUAUUUGUAUUGUCACCUUGAUGAGAACACACAGCUGCACACUUUCCUCACUGCUUUUCAUUCUCCUCUCUUGGCUCUGGAGGCACUGGGAUGCCAUGUUAGACAGUCUGCAUUACUUUGUAUGCACCAAAUGCCCUGAAAGAGGAGAUGACCAAUAAACUGUUGAGAUGUGGGCA